AUGAUAACAUCAUUUCCAGUCAAGAACUUGCGCUGCUCUGGUGUCAAACUGCAAAUGUUCAAGGUCUUGAUUGGCGAAAAGUUGAAUGGCGGCGUGAUUGUGAAUUUUGGCUCAAAUGGCUCAACAGUAGGAGCCAUCGGAAUGCGUGAGAAAGUCAUGACUUUUUCAAACACCAAAAGCGCACUUGGGAACCAAACAGUAUUGGCAGCAUCCUUGGUAAUUUCACCACCAAUCAUUGAAAGAAUGUUGUCCAUGACUUCUGAAUAUGAAUUAAUACAGUGCUCAUCGAGAAGUAAUGCCAAUAAGUUAAGCAUGCUUGCCAACUUCUCAAAACUCGAUUCGUUUCCAGAACCGAAACCAAAUGAACAAAUGCUCAUGAACACAGAGUUCAGAAUUUCUGAGUAG